AAUAGAAAAUAUCCAUUCGUUCAGCGAAAAAAUGAUUAUUGGAGUUCGUUCAGGGAAAAAAUGAAUAUUGGGGUUGAUCGUCCUGAAGUAUCGCAAUACGAGAAGAGGAAGAAAGGAUAACAUGUCGGUUGAGGGAAAUCACACAGACCAUUUCAAGAUAUGGAGCGAAUUGGAAUUGCGGGAGUUCCCAGAAAAGUUCGUGAUCCGUUCGCUGGAAUGUCCUGAUCGAGGCUUUUCCAUCAGCCGCUCCGAUGGAACGAUCGAGAAGCUACACGGAGAUACAAAUACUGGAAAACCUGCAAAGAUAACUACAAUAUAUGGAGUAGUGGGAACAAUUAGGUUGCUAGCUGGAACACAUAUAUUAGUUAUAACUUCUCUGAAAGAAGUGGGAGCUUAUCUCGGGUUUCCUGUUCAUCGGGUGACAUCCAUGAAGUUUCUGUCUUGCAAUGUGGCAUCCAAAAAUCUAAGCAGUGAAGAAAAAAGAGAUGAAGCAUACUUCACAAAUCUCUUGAAGGUUGUGGAAGCAACACCAGGACUUUAUUUUUCGUAUGAAACAGAUUUAACGCUGAACUUGCAGAGAAGAUACAAGUUAGCUAAAGGCUGGAUGAGAAAACCAGUAUGGAAACAGGCUGAUCCCAGGUUUGUUUGGAACAGGAAUCUGCUGGAUGAGCUAAUUGAAAACAAGCUUGACGGGUUUAUCAUUCCACUAAUACAAGGAAGCUUUCAAACUGCACAACUGAAGCUCGGAUGCUCACCAGCUAUGGUAACAUUAAUAUCAAGGAAGUGCACCCGACGUUUAGGAACUAGAAUGUGGAGAAGAGGAGCUAACCUAGAGGGUGACACAGCUAAUUUCAUUGAAACUGAGCAGUUUCUGGAUUCUGGAAGUUUGAGGUCUUCAUUUUUACAAGUUAGGGGAUCAAUUCCCCUCUUGUGGGAGCAAAUUGUUGACUUGAGCUAUAAACCACAUCUAAACAUUAUUCAUCAUGAAGAAACACCAAAGGUUGUUGAGCGCCAUUAUAAUGAUUUAUCACAAAGAUAUGGAGAGAUUGUAGCGGUAGACUUGACAGACAAGCAUGGUGAUGAGGGUAAACUAAGUGCAGCUUAUGCUGCGGAAAUGCAAAAGCUGCCAAAUGUGAGAUAUGUGUCUUUUGAUUUUCAUCACAUAUGUGGGAGCUCGAACUUUGAGAAUCUACAGCUUUUGUAUGACCAAAUAUCGGAAGAUUUUGAGAAGCAAGGAUAUUUCUUGGUAGAUGAAGAUGGGAAGAUACUAACAGAACAGAAAGAAAUAAUUAGAUCAAACUGCAUUGAUUGCCUUGACCGGACAAACGUAACACAGUGCUAUCUGGCUAGGAAAUCGUUGAAUUCUCAACUGCAGAGACUUGGAGCAAUUUCAUCCUCUGAUUGCAUCUCUAUGUUUCACGAAGAUUUUGAAAUAUAUAAAACUUUGUGGGUGCAACAAGGUGAUGAAAUAAGUCUGGAAUAUUCUGGAACAUUUGCCUUGAAAGGGGAUCUCGUCAGAUAUGGGAAACAGACUGUGUUGGGACUAAUUCGAGAUGGGAUGAGUGCCCUUUCGAGAUACUUUUUAAAUAAUUUCCAGGAUGGGGUUCGACAGGAUGCUGUGGAUCUUAUUAGUGGUCGCUAUACUAUCAAAAGGGGACAUCCCUCUCCUACCAUCCACAAUGGAUUUGAUUCCAUCACUUAUCUUCCAGUAGCAUCUGCUCUUUUAAUUGGAGGAUUGACAGUGACCACCGUUACAUUGAACCAAGGGAGAAAUGGGCAGAACUUAUUGCCUUCAAUACUUUGUGCUGGUGUCACUGCUGGGGUGAUGGCAAUGGUGAAAACAAACGGGAGACUAUUUUGUUCCAGGCCUCGGUUAUGUGGGCUUCUGAAUGCAAGAAGCACUGCAACUGCAGAGAACGACAAUAUUAAACUGGAAGAAGUCGAACCAAUACAGAGUCAAGAACCAUUGCAAAUGUUGCCUUACAACAAGCCAACAACUAGCAAGAAAAGAAACACAACUGUAGUAACACAUGAAGAACCAGAAAAUCAAGCUGAAGAGAUAGAACUAUAGAAGCACUCAUGUCAACUUAAGAACCAGAGUUGAACCAACUUUAUUUAUCAAGUUGAUUAAACUUUUGAAUGAAAAUAAAAGAGUAGCAGUUGAAGAGAUUGACUUUGGAGGCUUGCUCAACCUAAGCUUUGACAGAUUCUAUAGAGAUUUCAUAGAAUCUAUUGAAAAGCUUGCGACAAAUAUCAGCACAGCUACAACUCACAAAUGACAAGUUGUUGGAUAUUGAAGAUCAAAAUGUUAGACCUGUUUUUGGUUUGCCAAUGAGAAAGAUUGAUGUUGAAGAAGCAAAUGGAAAAAAUGAAAAAGAAGAGUACACUAAAUUGCUGCAGCAAUGGAGAGAGGAGUGAGGCAUUGAAAAGGGAAGCCCAGACACGACAAGGAUGAUACAAAAAAUCAUUGAUGAUGGUGAUUUUGGAGAUCGAUUCAAGAGAAAUUUUGUGGUCUUCACAGUUUCAUGUCUCAUCAGAGGCAAUCAGAGUAUAAAGAGCAACCUCAAGAUCUUUCUCUCUUUAGUGAAAGUUGAUGACAUCAAGAAUUUGAAUUGGUGCAAGUAUUCAAGGCGGUCAUUGAUGGACGCUGGUAGAAUGGCAAGCUCAUCUAUCAAGGAUCUUCACUGGACCAUUGUUGUUUCUGAUGAUAUGUUACUUUGAUAGAGUCCAAUUCAAAGGUCAGGCUUUGGAUACUGUUUAUCCAACAAUCAGAAGCUGGAACAAGGAAAGAAUUGAAAAGAGAAUCAAAGAUGAGAGGAAGCUGGGGUUCACGCUUGGGAAGGUGAUGCCACGAAUUAUGCAGUCGAAGAAGAGAAAGCAGAAAGAGAACUAAAUAAAGCAAAAUAACAUCUUUGAUGGAUACUGUUUCUAAAUUGUUGGAUAAACAGUAUCCAAAUCUUGUCCUUUGAAUUGCACUCUAUCAAAAUAGCAUAUCAUCAGAAACACCAAUGGUCCAGUGAACAUCCUUGAUGGAUGAGCUUGCCAUUCUUCACCAGCAUGGCAGCAUCCAUUAGUGAUCGCCUUGUAUACUUGCGCCAAUUCAAAUUCUUGAUUUUAUCAACUUUUAUCAAAGAGAGCAAAAUCUUGAAGUUGCUCUUUAUACCCUGAUUGCCUCUGAUGAGGCAUGAAACUGAGAAGACCACAACAUUUCUCUUGAAUCGAUCUCCAAAAUCAUCAUCAUUAAUGAUUUUUUGUAUCAUCCUUGUCGUGUUUGGGCUUCCCUUUUCAAUGCUCCACUCCUUUCUCCACUGCUGCAGCAAUUCAGUGUACUCUUCUUUUUCGUUUUUUUAACAUCAAUCUUUCCCAUUGGCAAACCAAAAACAACUCUAACAUCUUGAUCUUCAAUAUCCAACAACUCACCAUUUGUGAGCUGUAGCUGUAAUGAUACAAUGGGUUGCAAGUAUUUCAAUAGAAAUUUUACGAAGUCUCUAUAGAAUAUGUCAAAGCUUGGGUUGAGCAAGCCUCCAAAGUCAAUCUCUUCAACUUCUGAUCUUUUAUUUUCAUCCAGGAGUUUAAUUAACUUGAUAAAUGGAGAUUGUCCUACUCUGGUUCUUAUAUUGAUAGGAGUGCUUCUAGCUAUUUCUUCAGCUUGAUUUUCUGAUUCUUCAUGUGUUACUACAACUGUUUUUCUUUUUUAUCUAGUUGUUGGCUUGUCGUAAGGCAACAUUUGCAAUGGUUCUUGACUCUGUAUUGUUUCGACAUCUUCCAACUUAAUAUUGUCAUUCUCUGCAGCUGCAUUGCUUCUUGUAUUCCUAAUAUUAUAUAGAUUCUUGUAUUCCUAAUAUUAUAUAGAAUAACAUUCACAAGUCAUUAUCAAUUUUAUUUAUCAUUAUGAAUUUACAUAAUAUUAUACACUAAUUGCAUAAUUUAUAGCUCAAAGUUACAUGUUUUGCCAUUGGAUGUGAUUCAGUUCUAUAUUUUAAAACUUACACAAGUGCUCACAAGAGUUACAUGUUAAUAUAUGGAUGUUACAAUUUUUUUUUAUAUGUAGUUACAUGUUACACACAAGCAGUUGAAUAAUCAAUUAUGGCCUGAAUAGUUGCAGUCAUACUAUGGCAUAGAGUUUACAUAUUUCAUAACAUAAUUUAUAACAAAAUAUUUACAUUAGAUACAUACCAUUGAAAAAUUCAAUUUUAUAGUUAUCAAUAUGAUACACUAAUUACAUAAGUUAUAGCCCAAAGUUACAUGUAAUUAACUAUGCCCUGACACAAGUUACAUAUUAAUAUACUUAUGUUACAUAAAUUGUAUCUGUACUUACAUCUUACACAAGGUGUUCAAUAGUCAACUAUGACUCCAAUAGUUGCAGUGACAUAGUAAGGGACAGAGUGUACAUACUUCAUAAUAUACAUAACGCUUACACAACUGGAAUAUAUAUUUUGUCCUCUAGCCAUGUUACAUAGUAUCAUAUAGAAGUUAUAUAAUUACUCAAUGAAGAUGCACCAUGCAUAAGCACUUUGAAUAAUGUUCUCUAGACAACAUUUGCAUUCACAUAAUACGUUAUAGAGUGUAUAUACUUGAUAACUUAAAUAAACAUCAAGUAUUUUGACUUUUGAAACAGUCUUUUUUUAUUGAAAUAAAUAAACAGUAGAGAGAAAGAAAAUACAGAGAAGGAAAAAAGAAAAUAAAACAAUACAUAGAAAGAAAAGACUAAAGCUACACCCAAGAAAAUUCUAUUGACUGAGACCUAGUAAUCAUGUUGUGUCGCUUUUUAUUUUUUUGAGAUUUCCUGUAGAUUUUGAUUUGCGUGUUAUGAAACACAGUCAUAUGCACAUUAUGAAACAAAAAUUACUUUACUUUUAUUUACAUGUAAAUAACACAUUUCAG